AUGAGCAGCGGAAGGCCGCCCGGAGGCCACGCAUCCGCCAGCCCCAACCACGACCUUCUCCAGCUGGAGGACACUACACCGGUAUAUAGUACUGGACAACGCCCUCCCGUGAACGAUGACCACCUCUUAGAACGAUACGACAUUGAUGAUUCCGACCUCCCCUCCCCACGCGCGUCAGUCUCCUACGAUGAGUUUGUUGGCGGGAGACCUCCGCCCACUGGGGUGGGAACGACGUCUCAUAACCCCCAGCGGGAUGGCUUACAGCCGCCUUCAAGUCGCUUUUAUGGAGAAGCCCCGGUAACCCGCACGUAUUCGCAAACGUCAGAUUUGCAGAACUACCAUCGAUACUCCGAUAUAGACGAUUUUGACGAUGAACGGUCGAUGAGAGGGUACUAUCCCGAAGCCGAUCUGGAAGGUGACCACACUCCGAUUCGAGAUGCCCGGUCAAGGGAUCGCAAUAGCAUUCUUAGCUUGGGAGGAGGGCUUGUGGGAAAAGCGAAAAGCAUGCUUGGAAUGGCCCCAAAAUACUCUGAAAUGGACCUACCUUUGACUGAGGCCGGCGCAAGAGCUAGAGCGGAUACCAUGGACACAGAAGCUGGGGCAAAAUCCAAGCCUAAGAGACGCCGUAGCGGUGGUUUCAAUUUCAGUUUUGGACGAAGAAAGCCGGAUCCCUCUACACUUGGGCCUCGUAUAAUCCAUCUCAAUAAUAUCCCUGCGAACCAAGCGAACAAAUAUGUGGACAAUCACAUCUCGACCGCAAAAUACAAUGUUUUCACAUUCCUCCCCAAGUUCCUCUUUGAGCAAUUUUCGAAAUACGCCAACCUUUUCUUCUUAUUUACCGCUGCCCUGCAACAAAUUCCCAACAUCUCGCCGACAAAUCGCUACACUACAAUUGGUCCCCUCGUCAUUGUCCUUCUUGUCUCAGCUAUCAAAGAAUUGGUGGAGGAUUUCAAACGGAAGAACUCGGACAAAUCCCUGAAUUACUCUAAAGCGAGGGUCCUUCGCGGGUCUGGGUUUGAAGAGACCAGGUGGAUUGAUGUUGCUGUUGGUGACACUGUAAGAGUUGAAUCCGAGGAACCUUUUCCUGCGGAUCUCGUACUUAUGGCAAGUUCGGAGCCGGAAGGCCUCUGCUAUAUCGAGACGGCCAAUUUAGAUGGAGAGACAAACUUGAAGAUUAAGCAAGCAAUACCUGAAACCGCGCACCUUGUCAGCUCAGAUCAACUUGGUCGACUGGCAGGUCGAUUGAAAUCUGAACAACCAAACAGCAGUCUCUAUACCUAUGAAGCUACGUUAACCAUGCAUUCCGGUGGUGGGGAGAAAGAACUUCCGCUCGCUCCUGAUCAACUGCUCCUCCGUGGAGCGACUCUUCGCAAUACUCCUUGGAUCCAUGGUGUUGUGGUAUUCACUGGCCAUGAAACCAAACUCAUGCGAAAUGCAACCGCAACGCCAAUCAAGAGAACAGCUGUAGAGCGCAUGGUCAAUUUGCAGAUUCUAAUGCUCGUUGGCAUCCUCAUUGCUCUCAGCCUAAUUAGUUCUAUUGGAGAUUUGAUUAUUCGGAUCACAGCAUCAAAAAAACUCACCUACCUAGAUUACGGAAACGUCAAUGCCGCCGCCCAAUUUUUCUCUGAUAUUUUCACAUACUGGGUUCUCUACUCAAAUUUGGUUCCUAUCUCUCUCUUCGUCACUAUAGAAAUCGUCAAAUACUGCCAUGCCUUCUUGAUUAAUUCCGAUCUCGAUAUUUAUUACGACAAAACGGACACCCCUGCCACCUGUCGCACAUCUUCCCUUGUUGAAGAAUUGGGCCAAAUAGAAUACAUUUUUUCGGACAAAACCGGUACCUUAACGUGCAACAUGAUGGAAUUCAAGCAGUGUUCUAUUGGCGGCAUACAAUACGCAGAGGUUGUUCCUGAAGACCGAAGAGCGACCGACGACGAUGAUGCCGAUACGGCGAUAUAUGAUUUCAAAAAAUUGAGGGAAAAUUUGGAAUCGCACCCUACCCACGAUGCCAUCAAGCAAUUCUUGACGCUGCUUUCUACUUGUCACACGGUUAUACCCGAGCGCAAAGAUGAGAAACCAGGCGAAAUCAAGUACCAAGCAGCCUCCCCCGAUGAAGGUGCCCUGGUAGAGGGAGCAGUACUUCUAGGUUAUCAGUUUACGAACAGAAAACCAAGAUCCGUGAUAAUCUCCGCAGCCGGUGAAGAAGAGGAAUAUGAAUUACUGGCAGUGUGCGAGUUUAACUCAACGAGAAAGCGCAUGUCGACUAUUUUUCGGUGUCCCGAUGGAAAGAUCAGGUUAUAUUGCAAAGGCGCGGACACGGUUAUUCUUGAGCGCCUUCAUGCAAACAAUCCGAUCGUGGAUGUCACACUUCAGCAUUUGGAAGAAUAUGCAUCCGAAGGACUACGAACGCUAUGCCUUGCUAUGAGAGAGGUUCCUGAGGAAGAGUUCCAACAGUGGUGGCAGAUAUUCGAUAAGGCUGCGACCACAGUCAGUGGAAACCGAGCCGAAGAACUUGAUAAAGCAGCUGAACUUAUUGAAAAGGAUCUCACUCUUCUUGGUGCAACCGCCAUUGAAGACAGGCUUCAAGACGGUGUCCCAGACACAAUCCACACACUCCAGCAAGCGGGAAUCAAAAUCUGGGUACUGACUGGAGAUCGUCAGGAAACCGCCAUCAACAUUGGCAUGAGUUGCAAGCUUAUUUCAGAAGACAUGACUCUAUUGAUUAUUAACGAGGAGAAUGCCGAGGCGACAAGGGAAAGCUUAUCAAAGAAAUUGCAGGCAGUACAAAGCCAAACCGGCUCGGACAUCGAAACGCUCGCCCUUGUCAUUGAUGGCAAAUCUUUAACAUUUGCUUUAGAAAGGGAGAUGGAAAAGCUCUUUUUGGAUCUUGCCAUCCAAUGCAAGGCCGUUAUUUGCUGUCGAGUGUCGCCCCUGCAAAAAGCCUUAGUUGUUAAGCUUGUUAAGCGACAUCUGAAGGCACUCUUGCUCGCUAUAGGCGACGGCGCGAACGAUGUCUCCAUGAUUCAAGCCGCCCAUGUUGGCGUCGGUAUAAGCGGUGUUGAGGGUCUUCAAGCAGCGCGAAGCGCUGACGUUUCAAUCGCCCAGUUCCGCUUCCUUCGGAAACUGCUUUUGGUGCAUGGGGCGUGGAGUUAUCAGCGGAUUAGCAAAGUGAUUCUGUAUUCAUUCUACAAAAACAUCGCUUUAUAUAUGACUCAGUUUUGGUACGCUUUUCAAAACUCCUUCUCCGGCCAAGUCAUAUACGAAUCAUGGACGCUGUCCUUUUAUAACGUAUUUUUCACCGUCCUACCGCCUUUUGCGAUGGGCAUCUUCGAUCAAUUCAUUUCUGCGAGGUUGCUCGACCGAUAUCCACAGCUCUACCAACUCGGGCAAAAGGGUGUUUUCUUCAAGAUGCAUAGCUUUUUCUCUUGGGUUGGAAACGGCUUUUACCAUUCUCUUAUCGCCUAUUUCCUUUCGCAGGCGAUAUUCCUCUACGAUCUGCCUACUCAGGAUGGUACCGUUUCAGGGCACUGGGUGUGGGGUACGGCAUUAUACACCGCCGUCUUAGCCACUGUUCUCGGCAAAGCUGCGCUUGUCACUAAUAUCUGGACUAAAUAUACGGUACUCGCCAUUCCCGGGUCGUUUCUCAUCUGGAUGGCGUUCAUACCCGCCUACUCCUAUGCGGCACCCAAUAUCGGCUCUGGUUUCUCCACAGAGUACCAGGGAAUUAUUCCCCACCUCUUUCCUCUGCCUGUAUUCUGGCUAAUGGCUAUUGUCCUUCCGGCCAUCUGUCUUCUCCGUGACUUCGCCUGGAAAUACGCCAAAAGAAUGUAUUAUCCGCAGAGUUACCACCACGUACAGGAGAUUCAGAAAUAUAACGUCCAGGAUUACCGGCCGCGCAUGGAGCAGUUCCAAAAAGCGAUCCGCAAAGUCAGACAAGUGCAGCGAAUGCGGAAGCAGCGCGGGUACGCUUUCAGCCAGGCUGAUGAGGGUGGCCAGAUGCGAGUUGUGAAUGCGUAUGAUACCACGAGAGGUAGAGGAAGAUAUGGUGAAAUGGCAAGUUCGCGAGAGCCAAUGGUCUAG